AUGGCAGACACCGAGCCGACAGCAGUUGUGAGUCGCUACCGCCGUUACAAAGCUGGCACCAAGAAAGUCGUUGGCUGGCUUGCUCGUAGCGCAAGUACAUGCUGCGACGUUGCCGCCAAAUUCAGCUGCUUUCAGUCAGGCUCGACUUCACGAUCGGAGAUCAAGGUGCCAUCAAAGGUCCUCACAGCACUUGCAGACAUCAUCGCGUCUGCCGAGGCGGAUGUGGCAGUCCCCAAACACAUCUUGCAGGUCCUCGAAGAUGUCAUCGAACUUCGAACAGAAUGUGCUACGUGGUACGGGGCUCAGGCCGUCAGUGACAGCACUGAUCUGGCAGCCCGCAACAAGAGUCACCAACAUUUCAUCAAGGUACUCAAGGAGGUACAUGCGAUGUUGAGCAAGUCUACGAACAUACAAGCCUCUGCCACUACUACUUCCCAGUCCGAAGAAAAUAAGUCUAGCAAGAGCAAGAAGAACAAGAAAGGCCCGAGGAAGAAUAGCCUCGACAAGCUGGCGAAUCUGUUCGAGAUGCUGGAUCUUGAGGAACCGAUACUCACACCGCUCGGUGAGGCUCCAUCGCCUUCCUCUAAACCACCCAACGAAUGGAACGGCAAGUCCCUUUCGCUCGAAGAUGAUCAGGACAACGAAGCUGUGGCAUUGUGGUAUUUUCUGACAGACAUGAACGACGUCCGCCAGAAUGUACGGCAGCUCUGGCUCGAGUAUCUGGAAGGCCAGACCCGUCUAGCGGUUGCUGGCAUGGUGACUGAGACUGCUCUCGGUAUGAUCGAGCGUGCCAGUAACGACUUCGUUAGACAAUGGCCCGGCUUCACUGACUGGAUGUCUAUGCCAGAGUACCUUCGAAUCACCAUCGGCAUCAACAAUAAUCUCGUCUACUUGUUCUGCAAAUACUCGAAUGCCCUCACGAAGCACGCUGCAGCCAAUCCAAGUCCCGCCGAUCUGAUCUGCCCGACUGCGAGCUUCCUCCUGCGCACCUUCGCCGAGGGUGCAUGGACUUUUCAACAAUCGCUCACAACUUCCGACUCGGGCUCACUCGGUGGUCAUGUCGACGGCAAUAGAUUGUCAGCGGAGCGACCUUACUCCGAAUUCGAAGAAGUGCUGCUCUUCAUGCUCCCAGCGUUAACCUCCCUUAAGACCUGGAAAGAAUGCUACGAGCUGACGAAGCGACCUACGCAACUCAACUUGUCAAUCCAUGAUCAUUCAAAGAUUACGGAUGGCCUGAUGAGCUUGAUCGACGCUAACCAAGACAUACCUGUGCUCGACACACCUAUUUGGCUUGUCUUUGCAUGCCAAAUAUGCAUGGACAUUAACGAGGUGGUGCAAGGUAUGGGCACGUGUGGUGCUGAUGGGCUUCUGAAGACUACGACCGACAUCCAGAACAGCCUCAAUGAGGCCCUCACUUGGGUACAAAAGGAGAUGAACGUUAGCGCUUUCGCCACACGUAAGUCAGAGUUUCAGCUGCUGGAGUCCCUUGUAGCCGGCUUCAAAGACAACAUCAAGACCAUCAGACGGCUGGAAAGUGCUAAGAAAAUUUCUCCGCUCGACACAGACGAUACAUGGGUCCUUUACAAGAGCAGAUGCACAAUCCCAGGUCUUGAGGUAUUACCGUAUCGAGCGGCACUCAUGAUACACGCAUUCAAGGACUGGUCAUACGACCUUCUCACUGGGGUGGGCAACGAUGAUCACGCGAUCGUGGCCAUGGCACACCUGUAUGGAGCUGCUAAAGGUCGUGGUCUGCUUCAGGUACCCUGGGAAGACAUGAUAUUCCUCGAGCGUAUCCAGUCAGGCCGCAAGCCAUUGGUGACCAAGACCAGAAAUGAGGCCAGCAUUAUGGAAUACUUGCGCCACUAUGCCAUUGACCUCGGAGCUGACGUGGCUGCUACGAUCAAGCCUGAGUUUCCUGCCAAUCUAGACUGGAAGCGUAUGCUAAAGAAUGGCAAGCAAGUCAGCAAUCGGCUGUCUGAGCUGCGAUGGGCGUUCCGAGAGCGCCAUGAGGAGAACCAAGUCUUGGGACACCAGCGCGGCAACACAUACGACGUCGUCCUUGCCACAUUCACUGAUAGACGGAAGCGAGAAGAUCAAGCACGCGGUUCUAUGAAGUCCUCUUCAGGACAAAUCAAGUACAGCCCUCUACAGCUUCUUCAAACCCUGACCGGAUACUCAAAGCGCGACGAGCCUCGGGUCAAUUUCGACUAUGCAGGAUUCUCACGACUGUCGACAUAUGGCUACGCGUUCCAAAUUCUCCAAGUCACGGCCGAGUUCGAAGCAAAAUCAGUGCCGCUCUCUGCAACGCCGCUGGCGUAUGUCACCCGCACCUUGCGGGCCAUGAUUGAAAAGUGCGGCAAGGACUUCUUUACCAAAGCACAGCAGCAAUGCAGUGGACGCAUCCCCAAGUCGCACUUGCCCAAGUUUGAGAACACCCGCCCGGACCCAAGUGAUGACAUCGCAAAGCUCAUCAACAAGUACCCCGGAUUGUCAGUCGGCACAUCGCGCACCACAGUUGAGUUCUACGACUCGCAAGGAUCCACUACACGCUUCAACGAUCUGCUGUACAACAACGACAUGCGGAAGAUCAUGCCACAGGGUAUGAGCAAAGCUACUCACAUCAUCGUCCCGGUCGAGGAGCUUGGUGAGGCUGAGGAGACUGCGAGAAGGGACUUACCGGAUCACAAGCUCACUGAUGUGUACGAGUACUACGAUUUGAUUUGGGAUGGGAAGAGAGAGCAGAUUCAUGGUCGCAAUGGAUUUUGA